CGGAGCGGCUCGAGCUGUGCCGGGCACGUCGACAUGAGCCGCAGCUCGGAGUGAGAAUGAACGCCUUCAGUAAGUGCUGGGAUGGACGAGGAAGGUUUACGGUCAGCGCGGAGCCCAACAACAGCGUGCCGUUGUGCCUCCAGGCUCCGCGAUGGUGUCACCUCUCCGCGCUUUCAUCCUCUGCUGUCCGGACAGCGGACACCGGCGGAGCAGUGACACAACCAUCAUCAGUGUGAGGAAGAGGGAGUAGAGGAGCUGUCAUGGAGAAACAGAGCAGAGGCAAGGAGGAAAUGCCGACAUCGAAGGAGGAGAAGCGCCGGGAGAAGAAGCCCAAAUCUGGGAAGCUUUUCAGGAAGAAAUCUCUGCGCUCUGUGGGGACUUUUAUGAACAGAAUCAUCAAAACUUUGGGCACUUUUACUCACUUUGGAGACGCUGACGCGCACGACGCGGAGGACGACGACGGUGGGUUCCGGAAUGGCGCACCUUGCACCUUGAGCGCGAGCUCGGGGAUCAUGAAAGAGGACGUACCGCUAACGUGGGAUCGAGUAGUGAAAAACCCAUCGAGCACGUCCUCUUCUCUGUGCACGGGCAGAGAGAAACUCCUGUACCAGUUUGGAGAGAAAGUCCCAGGUGUGCUGGGCUUGAAAAACCACGGGAACACGUGCUUCAUGAACGCCGUGGUGCAGUGUUUGAGCAACACCGACCUGCUGGCGGAGUAUCUGGGUCUGGAGCGGUACAAGCUGGAUCUGUGUCACACCAGGCUGAACGGAGUGGUGAGGACCGAGGAGGUGAUGAGGUUUGCGAAGGGAGAAGUCACGGAGCAGCUGGCUGCACUUGUGAGGGCUCUGUGGACUCUGGAGUACACCCCACAGCUGUCCGUGGACUUUAAGACAAUAGUCUCAAAGUAUGGAUCACAGUUUCGUGGGAAUUCCCAACAUGACGCCCUGGAGUUCCUGCUGUGGCUACUUGACCGCGUCCAUGAAGACGUCAACAUGGCCGCCCACAACAACAACAACAAGAUCAAAGCUCUCGGGGAGGGUCCAGGUGGAGCCGAGGAAGUCCCGUCCCCUGAUUUGUCUCAAUCCACGAACCACCGAGACCAGCACAGCUUUGUCCAGGAACAUUUCCAAGCACAGUACAAAUCGUCCCUGACUUGCCCUCACUGUCUGAAGCAGAGCAACACCUUCGACCCUUUCCUCUGCAUCUCCCUCCCCAUCCCUCUCCGACAGACCAGGCCGCUCUGUGUGAUCCUGGUCUUCAGCACCAAAGGACAGAGGUACCUGCGGGUCGGGCUGGCCGUGCCUCUGUUCGGCUCCGUGGCCUGCCUGAGGAGGAUGGUGGCUGACGAGGGCAAAAUUUCUCCAGACCAGGUGAUCCUGACAGAGGUCUACUCCACCGGCUUCCAUCGCUCCUUCUUUGAUGAAGACGAUCUGACCAGCAUCUCAGAGAACGAUGUCAUCUACGCCUUCCAGGCUCCGCCCCUUUACAUCAGAGGAGGCUCUGCACGGAUCUCAGGUUACCAUCACAGCCUCCCAUCCUCUCCCUACUCCACCGGCCCUGAAGGUCAGAGGUUGCCCUCAUCCGGCGCGCUGUCGACAGAGUUUCUCAACCAGGGCGUCCCUGUGAAGAUUCUGCUGUUGGUGUGCAACGCAGCGGGGGGCGGCCAGCAGACUGUGAGGUUUGGACCUCCAUUCCUGAUGAGGGAGGAUCGGUCUAUUUCCUGGGACCAGCUGCAGCAGAGCAUCCUCAGCAAGUUGUAUUACCUGAUGAUCAACGGAGCUCAGGCGCAGAACACCAGAGUGCUGUUCAACAUCCGAGUGGUGGGAGGAUCAGCGUUUUACAGCUAUCUGUCACCUCAGGACGGGCGGCCGCUCUACCAUCCUGCUGUGGACAGAGCUCUGAAGAUGUGCGGCUCAGGAGGACCUCCACAUGUGAAGCUCAUCAUCGAGUGGGAGCACAGAAUCAAAGACUGCCUGUUUGGAAACAUUCAUGAGGAGGUGGUGAAGGAUGCAGACAGCGUGAGGAAUCAGCAGCAGCAGCAUGUGCAGGCGUACAGCUGCACGCUGGAUGAGUGUUUCCAGCUGUACACCAAAGAGGAGCAGCUGGCCCCGGACGACGCCUGGAAGUGUCCCCACUGUAAGCAGCUGCAGCAGGGUGUAGUGAAGAUGAGUCUGUGGACGCUGCCCGACAUCCUCAUCCUCCACCUGAAGCGCUUCAGACAGGUGGGCGAGCGCAGGAACAAGCUCACCACCUUCGUUCAUUUUCCCCUGACCAGCCUGGACAUGACGCCCCACAUGGUCAACCGUGGCCACGCUACCCAUCAGCCCCCUCUGCAGCCGGGAUGGAAGCAGCCCAGACGACCUGACCUGGCUCCUCCUGACUUCCUGUACGAUUUGUACGCUGUGUGCAAUCACCACGGAGGGAUGCACGGCGGACAUUACACAGCGUUCUGCAGGAACUCGGUGGAUGGUCAGUGGUACAGCUAUGAUGACAGCAGCGCCGAACCGGUUCCAGAGGCGGAGGUGUGCACACGAGGAGCCUACAUCCUGUUUUAUCAAAGACGACACACCAUCCCUCCUUGGUCUGCCAGCUCAUCGCUCACUGGCUCCACCAGCUCCUCAGCCUCGGACCAUUGGCUGGUCCGGCUGACAGGGGGCAGCAAGCGUGGCAGUGUGGGGUCAGGAGGACCUGCUCCUGGAGCCCCAGGUCCUCCACAGGCUCCAGAGUCUCCUGAGCUCCCUGUGUUUGGAGAUGAGCCAUCGAAAACACAUGAAACGAAUGGAUUUGAAUCCAAGCAGUUUGUCCGUGGCUCUCAGGGGCGGAGCCUAAGCAUGAGAUCACCAACUAAACCGAAGGAGUCUCUGAGUAAAGUCCUGCCGCUGCGCUGGUCUUUUGGCUCCAAGGAUCGAGUCAAGCCCUCCUUUCAGAGACCGCCUGGAGAGCUGGUAGAGUACCUGGAGUCUGGACGGCGGCCACGAUGCACAAAAGAGCCAAUCAUAACCCUAGUGGCCACGCCUCCUCAGAGGACUACCCAGGUACGGGGAUUUGAAGCGAGACAGGACUGCAGCUCGCCGAGCGGUAGCAGUCUGAGCUGCACGGACAGACUCAGCUCUGACACGUGUUACUCCCCUAAAAUACCCGAGGGUCAGAGCAGAUUGAGCGAGAGGAGCAUCAACGGUCUGAGAGGACGGGACGACGGAUCUCUGAGACACAGGACGUGUAAGAGAGCCAGGACGGACCAGGGCCGGACCCUAGAGCUGCAGCUCCACAGGGGAGCUCUUCUGAUGGGUCACAUGAGCCACAGCGCCCCCCCGAGCAGAGACUCCACAUUAAGAAGGACCAAAGUCCACACAGGGGGGACGUUGAGACAGAAAGACCUGCUGCAGACUGUCCUUCAGCCUGAGGACAGACGGGGACAGAGAGGGCACGAAGGACGCAGCCAUGAGAGCCUCUUAUCGUUUUUUAAACAGGGAUUCAUGAGGAAGGACGUUCCGGGGUCACCGAUCAAAACGCACGACCCGACACGUCUGAACGGACACGGACACCUGGGGCGGGUAGCGUGCAGCAACCUAGCCAAACUGUCUCUGUCUAACGGGACCCUGACCAUGGGAGCAGCAGAGGACAGGAAGGCGUGUGAUAUUCACAACUGUAAGGUCCAGCUGGUCAACGGGAAGGUGGGGCAUCACGACCCUGUGGACAUAAAGCGAGCGCACAGCUCCUCUAACAUCCAGACCAAACUGGACCUGACGUUUCGCAGGUGUGCGUCCCUACAGAGGAACGGGGACAUCACGGCUCCUCCCCCUCACCGAAUCCUGCUGUCGGACAAACCGGGCUACGCCACUCUGCAGCGGACACGAUACAGUACCACCUCCCUGGUGCCUCUGUGACAGCCCAGAAUGACUGCUGAAUUCAAGGACCUCCCGGGGUGGUUCCAGAAGCUUCCAGUAGGAUUCACCGCUGGACAGAAGGCUGACCUCCUCUGCCCUCCUUCGUAGUACUGUUAUCAGUUCUUACCUGUGUGUGUCUUAAACUAAAUCUAUGCAGAGUUGAAUAGACGGAGGAGAAACACUGCUGUAAUAUGAUUCUGUUUUUUUGUUUUUAAAGCAAAAACAUUUGUGUACAAACUGGUUUUAUAUUUGAGCUAUGAUCGAUACUGGCAAAUAGCAGAGGGGUUGGCAGAGAUAAUGCAUUUUUUAAAACCAAUUUACUUUCAGAGCAUCUCUUCAGAAAGUUUAAAAAUACAAAAACAAAGUUUUUGAGAUCAUUGGAGUUUACAGAGUUAAAAUCUGUAAAAAAAAAAAAAAAAACAAGCAAAAAAAUUGAACCACCUGUAAGAAAUUCGGCUGUUGAAUCAUGCAUCAUCUACUUUAACAUUUACAAUCAUAUUGUGAUAGCAGUGCACCUUUUUCUGCAGCAUCAGAGAAAACAAGCUUAUUGUCAUUCGCAGUGUAAUACUUUGAAAAUUCUGCAAAGAAUCCUUUUAUCUUUGAAAGAUUUGGUCUUUUAUCCUGAAAUUGUAAUCUGAAAAAGCUCUGGAGCAUGACGCUGCUAUUGUUGAAAAACCAUUUAUACGUGAGUAAGAGGUUGACAAAUGCAUACAUGAAUCCACAAAUGCACAGUAAAAAAAUCCCACUUGCGCACAAAUGAAGUCAAAGAUCAAAGUGCAUGAUGAGCUGAGAUGAGUCUGGCUUCCUGCUGCUUGUCUCAGUCUUCAUCAAGGCUACAUAAAUCAUAUUAAAGGCAGAAUAAAGUAGCAUUAGCUUGUGUUGUAGCUAGACUUUUUCUCAUGUGGCAGUGAUUUAUACAGGAGUUGUCUGAAGUAUAUGCACUCAGACACAAGAAAGAAUAACAUCUAUUUGCCCCGUCUGAUCUCAAGCAUCCUGCAACUGUUUUAACCUUCAGUAAAAAAAAAAAAAAUUUCUUUUAAAAGUGCAAAACAGGGUGACAGAAAAAACAAGGUUUCAGUGUCAUUUAGUAGAUGGCUAUUUUCCAACAUCUGAGGGUAAGAACAACACCAGCAAAGAUCUAGACAGGUGCCGUGUUAGAGGCAGAGCUGAGCUGCUUUUACUGAUAAAAUAAGCAGUGAAACAACCAAUCAUUCAUGUGAGAAGACCUCUGCCCGUCAGUUACACCGGGUUUCAAAUUAUUAUUCAAAUUAUUAUUUUCUCUGAUAAUUUUCAACCAUUAGAGCAUAAUUCAAGUUUUAUUGUACAGUAAUAACUAUUAAAUAAAACCCUCACUGUUAUUAUGUACAACAGAGUUUCAAAACUUUUUAUAGGUUGUAAAGAACUGAAAAUGGUCAUUUGUUGAAUUUGCAGCAUUAGGAGGUCAUAUUCACUGAAAUCAA